CAUGUCAAUACACCAUGACAUCGCCGCCCCCGGGACUCGGCGUCAUUCGCACCCGGCGCGUACCGCUGUCUUACGGUUCAUACUUCGGGAUACAACUUACAACUCUGCAGUUCUCAUUGGUCGAGGCACGAUGGAAUACUACGGCUCCACCAUCACCUCCACCUACACGCGGCCCCGAGUGGGGGACGGUACCCGCUUCCUGCCGCACAUCUCCACCAUGGCGGCCUCCUACAAGUCUCACACCGGCCCGCACGUCAUCUCUCACUCCCUCAGCCUGCCAUGGAGGCCGAGCACGUACUACAAGGUGUCCCAGACGCACCCCACCCUGCAGCCGCUCAGUAAGAGCCUGCCCGAGAACGUCCGACUGGAGGGGAUCGGCACCUACAAGCUGACCAGCUCUCUGCCGGCCGCACGAUCAGCUCUCUUCACACGGUAGGUUCACAGAGAACGGUUCCUCACAAACUCACAACACUACAAGCAGAGUGACUCCACCCGUAACAGCGCCGAGAGGCUGCGCAUGGACACGGCACGGAUGGUGCAUGAUGAGGAUCAAAGGACCAACCGCACUCAGGAAGUGUCCUCCAAGGCGAUGGGCGAGCGCGUCUCAGACAUUCACUUCUGGAAGAACGAGCUCAACCACGAGAUCGAGCAGCAGGUUGCGGAGACCAACAGUCUUGUGGAGGUGAAGAAGCGCCUGGAGCGCGCCCUAGCGGAGACGGAGUCGCCACUGCAGGUGGCUCAGGAGUGUCUGUACCACCGCGAGAAGCGGCAGGGCAUCGACCUGGUGCACGAUGGAGUGGAGAGGGAACUGCUACAGGAAGUGGACGUCAUCAAGUCUUGCCAGGAGCGCAUGCGCAGAGCUAUCGAGAAGGCGAAUGCCCAGCUUGCAAACAACCGCGCCGCGCAGCACGAGCUGGAACGUGACGUCAGCGACAAGCACGUGGCUCACCGCAUCGACGACUACUGCCACCAGCUCAGGAACACCUCCGAGGGCAUCGCCUACCACAGGGGCGUGGAGAAGGUGGACGCCACCGUGACCGUGCCCGAGACCUGGGCCAAGUUCAGCGACAACAACAUCCUGCGGUCCCAGUCCGAGCGCGCCGCCUCCGCCAAGCUGCGCGCCGACAUCGAGGCGCUCCUGAACCAGUGCUCCAACGAGAUGUGGUCUCACUUCAACAACGUCAACGUCGGCUUCUCCAACCGCAUCUCCGAGACCAUGGACGCCAAGAACAAGCUGCAGCAGCACCUCGCGCCCUGGUGCACACCAAGGACGCCCUCGAACACGACCUGUCGGUCAAGGCCAACUCCCUCUUCAUCGACCAGGAGAAGUGCAUGGGCAUGCGCAGAACGUUCCCGACCACGCCGAGGCUUGUGGGAUACGCCUAAAGCCCAGACUGCGGAGUCCAGUAUUAACUGUUUAUUAUUGGCAGAAACAAAUUUACAAAAAGGGUUCAACUAUCUCCGAACAGAUUUCCGACAGGUUGUGUUUGUUGUUAAAUCGUUUUUUGUAUUGUUUAUCAAAUGGAAGGUGCCGUAAACCGGCAAUAAAUUCAAGGUGUUGUAAAAUCUGUUAGGCGUCCACA